AUGGAUGAAAAUGUUGAUCCUGUGGAGUUUGGACAAUUAGUUUGUGCUAACACGUUGAUUGAGCUACCAUGUGAAUCUGCCCGUUCACGUGUUGUCUCAUCCUUAUGGGAGAAGACAACGGAUUUCCUGGUGCUUAUCGAACAAGGAACAAAGUCUGGAUUUCAAGCAAUACUCGAAGCAAGAGAAUUUUUGCUUACCAAUGGUGGGCCUGAUGUUCAUAUUUUUGGUCCUUGUCCUCAUGCACAAACUUGUUGGAAAAAGGGUUCCAUUUGUAAUAUUCCAAUACGGUACUACAACUUUGAUUUAACACGGUUCAAAAGUGAAGCAUCCACCGAGUUGGUAUCUUACUUAAUUGUAUCCCGUGGAGAUUGGCGAAGACAUCAAGUCCCAGUUGUUAAAUCUGAGCCGGAUCAAUUGCCACGCAUUGUUUCCCACAAUUUGUUUAAAUGUGAUCAUGUUAUUCAUGAUAUCUGUUUACCUUGUGGUGCGAUUGAACGUGUUAUCUUCCCUAAACAACAGACAGAGAAGACUUUAUAUUACUUUAUGAGACAAGCGCACGCAGGUGAUAUUGUACCUGCUAAGGUGGUGAACGAAAAUGAAUCUGAGUGCUUUCCUGAAGAAAUGGAUGAAGGUGAUAAGAAUGGUGAGGCCGUAUCUAUCAAGUCAUCUGCGUAA